AUGUCGGAAGAUGAGCGGAAAUCAAUUGAGGACAUUAAAUUGGAGUUGGCAGAGGCUCAAAAGGAUGACACAAAAUCACCAGAAGAAAUUAAAGAAUUAACUUUACGGUUACGUGCGGCAUACCAGGAUGAAGAGGAAUACUGGCACCAAAAAAGUCGCAGCCUUUGGAUGAGAGUAGGGGAUCAAAAUACAAAAUUCUUUCAUGCACAAACAAAACAGAGGCAAGCUAGGAACAGAAUUGUCGGCCUAUUUAAUGAAGCAGGAAUGUGGAUUACGGAGGAUACCGGUAUCCAAGAGGUUGCGGUUUUGUAUUUUACAGAUUUAUUUACUUCGACUAACCCGAUGGAUUUUGAGGAGGCGUUACAAGACAUUCGUUUGUCGAUUACGGAGGAUAUUAAUGUUCGGUUAACGAGGGAAGCCACGGAACAAGAGAUUCGUACCGCAUUGUUUCUUAUGCAUCCGGAAAAGGCCCCGGGGCCGGAUGGAAUGACGGCUUUGUUUUACCAAAAAUCAUGGGAGAUAAUCAAGGAUGACCUGGUCCUAUUAGUGAACUCUUUCUUUCAAAAUGAUUCUUUUGAUAAUAGGUUAAAUACCACAAAUAUAUGUCUUAUUCCUAAGACGGAGAGACCGACAAAAAUGUCGGAUUUAAGGCCUAUAAGCUUGUGUAACGUUGGUUAUAAAAUUAUUUCUAAGGUUCUCUGCCAGCGGUUAAAAAGGGUACUCCCGGUCUUGAUCUCCGAGACACAAUCCGCCUUUGUGGAGGGACGGUUAAUAUCAGAUAAUAUUUUAAUAGCCCAAGAAAUGUUUCAUGGACUUCAGACAAAUCCAUCAUGUAAAGGGAAAUAUAUGGCAAUUAAAACGGAUAUGAGUAAAGCGUAUGAUCGGUUAGAAUGGCCCUUUAUAGCAAAGGUGAUGGAGAAAAUGGGAUUUUGUGAGAAGUGGAUUGCCUGGAUGAUGUGCUGCAUCACUUCGGUACAAUAUCGUGUCUUACUAAACGGCCAACCACGAGGUUUAAUUAUCCCGGAUAGGGGGCUACGCCAAGGGGAUCCAUUAUCGCCUUAUCUUUUCAUCUUAUGUACAGAGGUAUUAAUCGCCAAUAUUAGGCGAGCGGAGGCCGCUAAACUUAUAACCGGAAUCAAGGUUGCAAGGGCUAGCCCUGCGAUUUCUCAUUUACUUUUUGCGGAUGACAGUCUUUUCUUCUGUCAAGCAAAGAAAGAGCAGUGUGAGGUUAUCCUUGGUAUUCUUAAGCAGUACGAAAAAGUCUCGGGUCAACAAAUCAAUUUCACGAAAUCGUCAAUACAAUUUGGUCAUCUAGUGGAGAAUAAUGUACGCACAGAACUAAUGGCAGUGCUUGGUAUUACAACUUUGGGCGGUAUGGGUUCGUAUUUGGGGUUACCGGAAAGUUUAGGAGGGGCAAAAACUAGAGUUUUUUCCUUUGUUCAGGAUCGGCUUCAAUCAAGAAUAAAUGGUUGGUCGGCGAAGUUUCUGUCCAAAGGGGGAGGAUUGGGUUUUCGACAUGUGGAGGAUUUCAACUCGGCUUUAUUAGCAAAGCAACUCUGGAGACUGAUAAAUGUUCCAGAUUGUUUGUUUGCUCAAGUGUUUAAAGGAAGGUAUUAUAGGAAAUCAGACCCACUGGGUCUGAUCAAAUCAUACUCCCCGUCUUAUGGUUGGAGGAGUAUUAUUUCUGCUCGCCCUCUGGUUAGCAAAGGACUUAUUAAAGGAGUUGGGACGGGGGAAUCUAUUUCAGUAUGGAAUGACCCUUGGCUACCAGCUCAAUACCCGAGGCCAGCUACCCGAAACAGUUCACUUGCUGAACCGCUUACAAAUCUAUCUGUUAAUCAAUUGAUUGAUACGCAGACAGGCUCAUGGAAGGUGCAGCUGCUACAAGCUCUCUUCGACCCAGAGGAUGUCCCUAUUAUUAGUGCUAUCCCGAUUCGGUUCCCGCAAGGGAAGGAUUACAGGUUUUGGCAUUUUACAAAAUCCGGUAAAUAUUCGGUGAAAUCAGGAUAUAUGGUAUCACGGGAUACAAGACGGACUUGUAAUGUAUAUGGCCCAGAUACUAAUCAAUUGCAAGCUCAUGUGUGGAAGGUCAAGUGUCCCCCCAAGUUACGUCAUUUCUUAUGGCAAGUACUUAGAGGAUGUAUAUCGGUUAAUAAUAAUCUGGCAAGAAGAGGGCUGAAUUGUGAUCCGCUUUGUAGUAGAUGUGGCGAAGUAGAAUCUACUCUGCAUGCAGUUUUUCAAUGUCCACCGACAUUGCAAACAUGGGCUUUAUCUCAAGUUCCCACUGCACCUGGGGUAUUCCCAACAGAGUCUCUGUUUGCUAAUAUGGAUCAUUUGUUUUGGAGGACACCCAAGGAUUUAGAUGUUUCAAUGUAUCCUUGGAUAAUGUGGUACAUUUGGAAAGCACGGAAUGAAAAGGUAUUUGACAAUAUAGAUAGGGAUCCAAGAGAGGUCCUACGAUUGGCGGAGUGUGAGGCACAAUCAUGGUUUGAUGCACAGAUGGAGGGAGCUGUUGACACUGGCUCUGGGGUACCUCGGGGGUUAUACCAAAUUAACGACCCUUCUAGCAUUAGAUAUCCAGGUUUCACAUGCUUUGUGGAUGGGUCCUGGAAAGAGGGUGAUAUUUUUGCAGGUUUAGGGUGGUAUUGCACAGCCACAAAUGGCGAACCAACAAUGGGUGCAUCUAACUUUCGAAGGAGUCUAUCGCCACUACAUACCGAAGUCGAAGCAUUAGUGUGGGCUAUGAAGUGUAUGAUUGAAGCAGGGAGACGUGAAGUGACUUUCAUUACAGACUGUUCAGAUCUGGUGGAGAUGGUGUCUUCCCCAACAGAAUGGCCGGCGUUUGUCACAUAUUUAGAGGAAAUUAUCGCAGAUAGGGAAGUGUUUUCUUCUUUUGGUCUUGUCAAAGUUUCUCGUCGUUCUAAUCUUAAAGCGGAUGCGUUAGCACGUCGAAUACGUGUUGAGCCGCUUAGCUGUUUGUAUGUAAACAAUGUUCCUUCCGCUUGGCUCUUUUGA